AUGAAGUUCUCCGUCGUCACCGCCCUCACCACCCUCCUGGCCUCCGGCGCCAUGGCUGCUCCCGCCGACGUGGACGCCCGCGGGGUGGCCACCGUCUCCAUGACCGCUGCCGCCGUCUGGACCAUUGAGGGCAUGAAGCGCAGCUGCGACAAGCCCGACAACAAGUGCGCCUGGUCCUUCACCAUCAACAACAACGCCGGCUCCAAGCAGGGCUGCAGCUACACCGUCAAGCGCCAGGGCAGCCACACGCCCGCCUCCCGCAGCCCCCAGACCGGCGUUGACUGCGGUGUCUACACGGUCACCAGCGGCUGGUCGGGCCAGUUUGGCGAGGGCAACGGCUUCACGACCCUCAGCGUCGUCAACAACAAGGACCGCACCAUUGCCUGGCCCGCCUACACCGACAAGCAGCUCAAGGGCGGAAAGGUUGUCUCUCCAAACCAGUCUUACCCUGUCCAGAAUCUUCCUUAA